CCAAAGAGAGGUGGGAAAAACUGUGUGUAACAGAUGUAGUCGAGGCGCUUGUGGAAACAGGAAGGAAAGGUGGGGGGGUGGAGCAAAGCAGGGUUUGUUAUUGUCAAAAACUUUUAAAUAAAGGGGCCAUUCUGCCGCGAUUUUGAAUUGCAUUCUUUACACUGUCAACACUGCAGCAGCCGCACUCGCGGAUGAUUAGAGCGCGAGGACUUUCUGUCCGUUGCCUGGACGCCACUGAACGAGGGAAGCUCGCGCUGAAGUGGACGGACCAACGGCUACCAGAUAUGGGGUCUCGAUUUAUUUGCUCUCCCUGGCCGCUCACCACACAGGAAUGAACCAUAACUUAGGCGUAUCUUAUUACUUUAAAGCCAGGGCGUGAUAUUCCACCUUUUAAACGCGACCUCUGUCUAUUUUACCGGAGUGUUUUGACGUUCAAACAAGUCCUCACUCCGUCUGACAGGAACGUUGGACAGUCGCGAGCGAAUGCACGCGCAGACUGAGCUACCGCAAGAGCUAGCGACUUAGCCGCUAAUGUCAACUAAUAUGGAAGGAGAAGUGCAUGUGUUACAUAACAUCCAAACGCAAUCAUAUCAUCGACUUUUGACACCUCGAAGCAGAAUUAUGGAUGUGAUUUAAUCGCCAAAGAAUAAAAUAUCCGUUAACACGUUUUGUUUUGUGGAGAGAUGGAGUCCAACUCUCUGAUCAGUGCAAUGGACCCAUCCAUUACAUUGUGGCAGUUCCUGCUACACCUGCUGGAUGAUCAGAGUCAGAAGCACCUGAUCUCAUGGACGUCUGGUGAUGGGGAAUUCAAGCUGCUAGAUGCUGAGGAGGUGGCCAGGCUCUGGGGGCUGCGCAAGAAUAAAACCAACAUGAACUAUGAUAAACUUAGCAGGGCACUUCGUUACUAUUACGACAAGAAUAUUAUCAAGAAGGUUAGCGGUCAGAAGUUCGUCUACAAGUUUGUGACCUUUCCCGACCCCAACUCUGCUGAAGGGCUGAAAGGGCCUGAGGAUGCCCAGAAGGCCAGUGCAGGGGACAAAUUGGAGCUGUCCAUCCAGACCAAAUCUGUAGGUGGCACUAACACCACCACCACCACGUGUCUGAGCAAGAGCCUGCAGGUCCAGCGCUCCUCCCCCUGCUCAGUGCAGCGCAGCUCCCGUAAUGAUUACAUGAAGUCUGGCCUCUACUCCACCUUCACUAUUCAGUCCCUGCAGAUGCCCUGCAAAACCACAUCCAAACCCAUCAAAACAGAGCACAUGCUGAGUGACGGCAGCCCCAAAGCUACCCCUCUGGACCGCACAGUGCAUGAGGUGCGGGUCUGUCAGACAGAAGGACAGCAGGGUAGUGUUCAGGCCCAUUCGACUGUAGAAAGCGGCAGUCUGCAGGUGAUAGUCACCCACCCGUCUCCAUGUGCUACACCCGCCCUCAGCCCUCAGACACCCUCCGGCUCUGCCACUGCAACCACGCUAUCCAUUCUACAGAAUACUCAAGCACAUAAGAGCCAGAGUCUGAGUGACCCACCACAGAUAUACCUGUCUGACCCCAGCUCCCUGACGUCCCUCAUUCCUCUGGCUCAUGGAGAGUGUGUGGUCAACCCAUCUCAGCCUGUGUUUGUGGUCAUUAAACCUCCUGUAGGGCUGCCCAAAGAGUCCAGCUUCCCCCCUGAGGAAGACCUGCUGGAGAUUGUCAAUCUGGAUGAAAAAGCAGAUGUUGAGGUUCAGCCAGAGUCCACAGUACCUGUGCCUGGAGUUACAGAUGCCCCGGUCUCUGUAGACACCCCGUCACCCUGUGUGGAGUCUGCAGCCCAGCCCGUCGGGGAAGGAGAAGUAAAAGAGAAGCCUGAACUCCCUGAGGACACCAAUACUGCAUCAGUGUCCCUCCCAGCAAGCCCACAGGAAGUUCAGCCUCCAAAAUCAAAGAAGCCGCGUGUACUGGAGCUGCCAUCCUCAUCCACGUUGCUGCCUCCUGGACUCUCACUGGAUAAAGUCAAUGCAGCAGUGAACAGUCUGCUGGCCACUGGCAGUGCCACUAACACCUUAACACCCACAGUCAUCACCUCACAUGCCCUGACUCCAGUGCUGUUGACACCAAGUCCUCUUCCAUCAACCAUUCACUUCUGGAGCACACUCAGUCCAAUCGCUCCACGCAGCCCUGCCAAGCUCUCCUUCCAGUUCCCCUCCAACGGAAGCAAUCAGAUCCAGAUCCCAGCACUGAGUGUGGACGGCCUGUCCACGCCUGUUGUUCUUUCUCCUGGACCACAGAAACCAUAACAUGAGAUUAAUUCCAUUAAAUUCUAUUGAAGUUAUUUUCUCCCUCCCCAGCCAAUGAGAUGCUGAGGACCGUGAGUGAAAAAAUGGAACACUCCAAAAUGAGUUCUGCUUGAUGUCUGAGAGCGUCUGCUCCAGUGACGACUCGACAAGAGGAGUGCGCUCUCUGCCGCCCUUAAUGAUUGAUUGACGAAGCAGCCUAGCUCUGGGCUUUUUGGUGGCAUUUCAUAGAGUAUAUACUCUAUUUUUUUUUUUUUUUUUUUUUUACCUUUGCAUUUUAUAAAGUUUAUUUAUUUAUUUUUGUGGUCUCAAGACAGUAUGAGUCUAAUGCAUCUUGAGAUGCACUUUCCUGAGUGACAUUUUAAAUUGAGAACUUUGGAGGUCUCACUGUUUUAAUAUGUUUUUUUUCAUCAUAACAUAUUGAGUUAUGGACCAGACAAGGUAACCUUUCAUUGAAUAAGGGCAUAAAAUGCCCUUACUUUACAGACGGUGCAUUGCUUUCUCAAAAACAUAAUUUCUUUAUUUUUUGAAAAUAGAAAGCAUGCAUUUGAAGUCUGAAAACAAACAUUUACUUGCACUUCGCAAGUUCAGUUCGUUCUUUGGUAUUACAGGAACUAAAUUUUUACACAAAUGAAUACGGCAGUUUUAAAGAAAACAACACUUUUUUGUUAUACAUUCUGUAUUAUUGUUCCAUGGACAAAGGAGUCCUUUUGCUGAAGAGGCAUUGAAAAUGCCCAAGAAAUGGCAUGGCUAUUCCCAGGAUUUAAAGAGGUGGAACCAGGGAGGAAAAGAUACAGAAUAAAUACUCAAAUAUCAAGAUGUGGAAUGUAUUGCUAUUAUCUAUUUCUUUUGACAUCAUUCCUUUAUUUCAAAACUUUCAUCUUGUAAAUACACUUUGCACCCAUUCCAAGUUUUGACAGAUUGCAUUUUUGGUUUUGUUGGUUUUUUAAUCAUUCUAUCAAGGAGCCCUUUCUCCAUCAGCAUCUAAAAAGAUGAAGGUUUCAAAUGUUUCACGUCGAAGCUUUUGCAGUUUCGUGCUUUUUACGAAAACGCUGGAGGAGACCAAAGACCAGCUGUUUAUAUACAAUCCAUCUCAGCAUCUCUAUCUUUUUGUCAACAUUUUUUCAGUAUCGCUUUACAAUAAGGUUCCAUUUGUUAACAUUAAUUAACUGCAUUAGUUAACAUGAACUAACAAUGAACAAUACCUUUAAAUCAUUUAUUAAUCUUAAUGUUAAUUUCAACCUAUACUAAUACAUUUUUAAUAUCAAAGGUUGUACUUAUUAACAUUAGUUAAUGGAGUAUGAACUAACAAUGAACAAUUGUAUUUUUAUUAACUAACAUUAACAAACAUGAAUAAAUGCUGUUAAAAAUAUAUUGUUCAUUGUUAGUUCAUUAUACCUAAUGCAUUAACUAAUCUUAACGCAUGGAACCUUAUUGUAAAGUGUUACCAUUUUUUCUUUGUUCUUUCUCAGUCUCUCUCCGUCUUGCUGUCAUUCUAUUUAUAACCUGCCGCAUCAAGGGCUAUGAGCUUCACGCUAUCAAAACAAUCACUUUUAACACUGUAAAUAUAAACUGAUACAUCUGACUCGCCAGUUAUAUGUGUAAUGCUCAAUAAACAUUGUAAAUACUAGGGGUAAUUUAUGGCAGAAUAAGAGGAAUUUCGCUUCUGCUAAUAUUGAUAUUGUUAGUAGAUUUGUGUUAACUGUGGCCUGCCUUUUAUGCUAUGUGUUAAAAUCACACGUACGGUUGUUACCUCAAAGCUGUCAACAGCUCAACGUGUCAAAUUGAAAGUCGAGGCAGGCACGCAAAUUUGUUGCGAGUGUUCUACUGACAAACAAAGCCAACAUCUAUUUGCAUAUCUUCUUGUGCUUGUAGUUUUCAAGUGUGUGAAGCUCAAGUUUCCUGGUGAGAAAUCAUGAUGGUUAAAUAUAGAAUUCUAUAGAAGCGGUUGUGUUUACGGACAGUAACUGCCUCCACGCCAUGCAGCCUUUUUGCAGAUUAUUUCUGUCCUUUAAUUUGACCUGGUUUUGCUCAGCUCACACUUGUCAUCUUUGUUUUAGAUUUUAAGCAUCAGUGUCCAGUGUAAUUAAAUCUGUGCUUUAGUUGUUUUGAAGAGACUUCUCGUUUGCUAUCAUAAUUGUAAUGAAUUGGGAGGUUUUGCACAUAGCAUGGAGCUUUCGCUGUGUUUUGUGCUCCUGUGUCUGCCAAUACGUGUUCCUUAAACAUGUUAUACCGCUAAUGACUGAUUUGUUACAUUUUAACCAAUGCAAACUGAACUCAUCUCAGUGAAUGACUGUUUGAAGAACCAGUUUGUAGAUCACUGAUGUUCACCACAGCUUUUGGUGGGCUCUGAUAUGUACAGAUGAUGUCAAGAGUGCCCACAAGUCGACACAUUGAAUGUUCUGUUCGGGGGGCAUUUUGGGAAACCCGCCCUCACGUUUACACGCUAAGGUCGUGUGCAAAAUUAUUACAUUCAGAUCAGUAUUGGCAAGAUUUGUGUGUCUAUCAGGUGUAUACUUUGUUCCUCACUUUGCAAUGCUUCUGUGAGGUUCAGGAAUGUUCAGGAUUCAGUACAAGUUAAGCUCAACAGCAUUUGUGGCAUAAUGCUAAUUACCACAACAACAAUGGAAGUGAAUGGGGCCAGUCCAUAAACAUUAAAAUACACACUGUUUCAAAAGUGUAGCCACAAGAUGUAAACAUUCUACACGUUAACAUGAUUUUAGUAGGAUAAAAUCACUUGCUAAUCUUAUCAGUGUAGUUACGUCCAAUAUUACAACUUCAUUGCCAUGACGACACAAUGCUGUAAACCCUGUAAGUGAUUUUUAUCACACUAAAAUCACGUUAACACAUAUAAUGUUUACGUCUUGUGGCUAUACUUUUAAAAAGUGUGUACUUUAACGUUUUUGGACUGGACCCCAUUCACUUCCAUUUCUAUAACACUAUUUUUUGCUGCUUUUUUUUAAUAAGCGAGGGAUGUCAAAAUAAUUUUCUGCACUAAUCAACAUUAUGCUAUAAUGUUGUGAAUUGAGCUGAUCUUUUACUGAACCCAAAAUAUUCCUUUUAAAGGCAUAGUGCACCCAAAAUUGAAAAUUGUCAUCCUUUACUCACCCUCAUGUCAUUUCAAACAUGUACUCUGUGGCUUUUUUUCUUCAGUGGAACACAAAGGAGAUGUUUUGCAGAAUAUUACACGCACCUUUUCUCUUUCAUCGCAUCUUUUCUUUCAUUCGAUGAAAGUAAAUGGUGACUGAAACUAACAUUGUGUCUAUCAUCUUUUGUGUUCCAUGGAAGAAAGUCAUAUGUGCUGGGACAACAUGAGGGUGAGUAAAUGACAGAAUUUGUAUUUUUGGGUGAACUUUCCCUUUACAACCAUAGAGCAGCCAGAUUGUGCGGUUUGCUGUUGACCAAUCAGUUUUAUGAUAUUUCAUCAGCGAUUGACCUAUUAGUCUAUGAGGUCGGAUCGAUUUACACAAAUUUAUUUUCAUAGGUGAGUUACUUGUGGUUCCUUUGUAACAUAUAUUGGGCAAAAUAAUAACUAAGGCUGCAAUAUCAAGUAGCUCACUGUGAUUUGAAUUGAGUGAUUUGCGAGUAAUACUUUAACCCAUUCUUAAUCUCUAAUGCGGUGUGGUAAGUCUGCAGUACUGUAAUGUAGUGUCUGCUGUCAGCCAUCUGUCACUUUUGCUCUUAAGCUUGUCCGGUUUUCCGGGAAGUGGAUCGGACUGCUUGGGCCUCAGAAUGUCUGAUUCAAUUCUAUGCUUUGUAAUGCCCCGUGAAUGCGUUUUAACAGCUGAUGUCUUUGAGCUAGAGUCCUCCUUACCUGGUAAAAUGCUGCUGCUGUUACCUUUACUGUACAUCAGGACAGAUCAGUAUACAGUGAUGGCAUACUGUGCACAAUUUCCUGAAUACAGCUAUUAGAUAGUGAUGACUUCAUAGUUCAUUUAUCCCCAAACAGGGGAUGUUUACAAAGCAAGUAUGCUUAAAAAACUUUAAAAAGCUUACAAAAGAGAGAAAUAGCGAGCCAUAUCUAUUGAAAAGAUUUUCAGUUUUAAAAAAAUAUAUAGAAUAUAUAAAUGAUCUAAAAUGUAUUAUACAUAAAUAUGUAUAUUUUGGGAGACAUUAGAAUAGUGUUAUGUGUUAUGUGUGCUCUGAAUUAAGACAGUUUUGCAGUUGUCUGAGAUGAAAAAGAGGUUUAAUAUUGUAAUUUUAAUGAGAUUUUGUCAUGUUGAUAAAAUUGCUGCCCCCUAUUCAGAUAAUAAAUCUAAUGCUGCACGUCUCUGGACCUAUGAAGACUGUUUGGGUAUUAUAAUACCACAUUAAAAAAAGCCUUAAAGUUGGAUUUUUGGUUAUGUGCUCAUCCAGUGACUAACUCUUUUGGUAUUAAUAGCGACAAAUUUGUUCUGAAGUCCUCCCAGAAAUAUUUUCAUGUGGAGAUCAGUAAUAUUUGUUGUGCAUAUAAAAAGAAAAGCUCUUUAUUAUUAUUAUUAUUAAAACAAUGUUAAUUCAGUUUUAUCCCAGUUUCCCUAUCCUGUUCCCUCAGAAAUGUGCAAAAAGUUAUAUUUUUGAGCAAGUUUUAAUUGUGCAAAAAACUGUAAAAGAUUAUUGUUGGUGACCAGCAUGUAGUAAUUGUUCUAGUUACUAAACCUUUAUGCAAAUGAAGACACACGUUACAUAAAAAAAGCCAUUUAUUGAAUAAUUGAUUUGACCAUAGAGACACAGUAUUUGCUUUGUGAGGAAGUGUCUCUAAAUUAUUUCCAAAAACCAGCAUAGAUUUCUUGGCAUGUAGAAUUUGCCAUUGUAAAACUUAUCAAUAUUUCUUAUUGAGAAAAACUGUUUAACGCUUGUUACCUGCUUACUGUAUGUAGUCAAAAAGCCAAGCACCAAACUUGAGAUGACAGAGUUAAAACCAUUGUGGCUCAAAACUGUUAAGACAUGUUUGCCUCGUUUUGCUUUUCAAUUUACUGAAUUUGCACAUCUGUUUUGUCAGAUGCUGUAAUAAGUCUUUUCACUUGUUUUUCUCUUUGAAAUGUUACGUGGGAACUGUUAUGUAUUGUAUGACUAUAUAUUCAAUAACGUGUUGGGAAAUUUUGGGUAAAAACUGUCUGCUAUUUGUGUGAAGAAAGUGUAUACAACCCUGUUCGACUUCUGGACCUUCGGACUAUUGGGAAGCAGAUCUCUGUGGCAUGAGCUCCCUUUUCCCAGAUGAGAAUCACUCUCUGGGAGUUUAUUUCGUAAAGGGAUGGAGAGGCUUUUAUUUUUCUGAACUGAAUAAAAACUAUAUUAUAUGUACUGGAAAGAGAGACAACAUUUUUUUCAUCUGCACAUUAUACUUUGUGUAUGUGAUAGAUAUUAAUAUUGUUUUCUAAAGACAAAAGAGACUUGGAACUACUAUGAAAAGUGAAUAAAUGCUAUUUUAGUCUUUA